GUCACAACCAGAUAGAGAUUAAGAUUAACAUUAAACAAGGAAUGAAGGUCAACUAGUAAAAGAAAAAGUUGACCAAAUAUGAUAGAGAUGAUGGAGAAAUAAAGUAAAAAAAGUUUUUUCUCUUUUUCGUCUUCGUCUUCAUCUUUAUCUUCAUCUCUCUUUCCCUCUCUCAAGUGACCACAUAGAUUGUUUUCUUUGUACAUAAAAAAAACAUUUCCAAUAGAAAUGAAAAGUUUUCUAAUCGUAAUUUUCUUAAUAUUUUGUGUACAUUUUGAUUCGACUUUCGGUGAUUUGGACACUUAUUCGGUACAAUGUUCAUCUCUUCGUACCAACGGCUAUGUGAUGAUCAGAGAUCGACCCUGUAAAAUAAUGGAAAUGAGUAAUUCCAAGGCUGGUAGACAUGGUCAAGCAAAGGUCAAAAUCGUCGGACAUGAUAUGUUUACUGGUAAAAAGUACGAUGAUCUAUGUUUACCUUCUCGUAAUAUUGAAGUUCCAAUAAUCUCACGUACCGAAUAUCAGCUGAUUGGAAUUGACAAUGAUGGUUUUAGCACUUUAAACGAUGAACAUGGUAACACCCGGAAGGACAUUCGACUACCUGAAAGUAAACUUGGUGAAACAAUUAGAGAAAAAUUUAAACAAAAUGUCGAACUUAUUGUCACCGUCAUGUCAGCAGUGGGCGAAGAGGGAAUUGUGGCCUCAAAAGUCCCCUAAUAACAUCCAACUGAUCGAAUGUUCCAUCAAUAAUAAUAAUCGCCAAUGUACAAUUAAUAAAAACUCGAGAAAAAAAAAUCAAAUCAGAAAGAACAAUUUUCCUAAAAAAGAAAACAAAAAAUAGUUUAAUUUCCAACCAAAAGAUGGCGCUGCCUUUAGAAAAGUAAAUGAAACAAUUGAAAUGAUCAAAAAUUGAGAUUCAGAAUUUUAAUUGUUAUCAAAUUGUUGAUUCUAUGAAUACAAUUAAGUAGUCAGUCGUUAUUAGUAUUGAAACAAUGAUAAACUUGAAACCUUUUUCUUCAUAUUGAUUUAAUUCAACUUGAAGUAUUGAACAAAAUGAAAGAUGUAGCAAAGAAAUAUAAAUGAGCUAAAUUGUCAACAAUUAAGGUGUGGAGACAAUUAACGAUUAACUAAAUUUAAUAAUAGAGUCAAACAAUGAUUUCUUCAAGUGUUAAUGAACAUGAAAUGAUUUUUAAUUCACAAUUAACGAUUGUAAGACAUUUUUACCUUUCCCUUUCUCGUAUGUGUUUACAAUCGUAACAAUUUAAUUCUCAUCUUUAAUUGUUGUUAAGUUAUCAUUUUCAAGAUCAUUGAUCCAUUUAAC